CCCCGCCUCCACCCCUCCUACCGCCACCCACACACAGCUAUGCCUGUCCCAGUACGGCCCAUUGGGCCUUUAUAUCUCCCCGCUGCUGUCCCCUUCCUCUCUUUCCUUUUUGCCUUUUCCUCUUUCCUUUUUCCUUUUUCCUCUUUCCUUUUUCCUCUGAUUUCUUGCAACUACCUAUUAUCUCCGCCCAGCAGCUUUGCUUCAUUGUGCAGUUUCUAUCCAAAUCUCCGCGGUGCUUUUCUCACACACUAUGAGAGAGUACCAUGGCUUCUCUUAUCCCUAACAUCCUGCCCAAGGAUUCCCACUCCCAAAUUAUUGCUGCCGGAGCAUCCAUUGCGAUUCUUGUCGGUAUUGUAUUUGUCACAACCUUCGGGGGAAAGAAGAACCCCGAAAAUGACGAAGAGCUGAGCACGUGGUCCUCGUUCAUCCGCUUCUUCUACGCGUGCUUUCUCAAGCCGCACGAGAAGAGCGGUGAGAAUGGCCAGCAAGAUGCUCUCGAGAGCUUCUACAAGGCGCAAGCCGGCGUCUAUGACGCGACCCGCAAACGACUCCUAUGUGGCCGAGAGGACAUGCUUGGGUUGGUGGCUGCGCAGUUGAAGCAAAAGGCUACAGCAGCCAACCAGUCGAAGAACCAGAGACGUAUUUGGGUUGAUGUGAGUAUAGAGCCGCACCCUCCAGCCAGUCGCGGCAACUGAUGCGCUAGAUACCCAGGUUGGUGGCGGGACAGGCUACAACAUCGAGGCUAUGUCCGAAUACGUAAACGUCCCCGAGUUCUUCUCCAGCGUCUAUCUUGUCGACUUCUCGCCCUCGCUGUGCGAAGUGGCGCGUAAGAGAUUUGUCCGCCUUGGAUGGAAUAAUGUGAAAGUUGUGUGCCAGGAUGCGAGACUUUUCCGACUUGAAGACCACGAGGGCGAGAGCGACGAGUCUUCCAGCGACCUCAUUCUCCCCCCGCCUGCCAUUUAUGAGUACUUCUCCGACUCAAAAUCUUCUGUGGGAGCAGACUUGGUUACAAUGUCAUACAGCUUGUCAAUGAUUCCCGAUUUCUACUCAGUGAUCGACUCUCUCACCAACCUCCUCUCUCCGUCUGGAGUUAUUGGAGUCGUCGACUUUUACGUGCAAUCUGUCGUCGAUCUGAGCUCCAGGAAUUACACCGGUGGUGCCCUGACACGCCACGUCAACUGGGUUAGCCGACUGUUCUGGCGUGCGUGGUUUGACAUCGACCGCGUCGGUCUCGAUGCCAGCCGCCGUGAUUACCUUGAAUACCGAUUUGGAACGGUCCUCUCGGCCGACAGCCGCAACUAUGCCCUGGGCGCCAUCCCUUACUAUAUGUGGCUUGGCUGCCCCAAGAAGCACUCGACAGCACUGUCUCCGUCCAGCCAUGAUAUUAUCGAGCGCAUAGAUGCGGCCGUCACCGAAUCUCCUUACCUACACCCCGCGAACUACACGGCCAACCUGUCAAAGGCAGUUGAGAAGGCAAACCCAGAGAUCCGAUCCAAGGCUUACUCCGCCGCUCUCCUGAACCUGACCUCCAACCUUCCCCUCCCUUCGUUCUUCUAUCAAAACCACCACUACCGCAUUCACUUCGACGAUCAGUUACAAAAGCACACCCAGUUCAACAACGAGUACAUUUACGCCUUUACUUGGGAAGAUACCCGUGUGGACGACCGUAUCCUGAAUCUCACCCCCUCCGACGUCGUACUCGCCAUCACCAGCGCUGGCGACAACAUCCUCUCGUACGCUCUACGCUCUCCGGCUCGCAUCCACGCCGUGGACCUGAACCCUUCUCAGAACAACCUCCUCGAACUCAAGGUCGCUGGCUAUCACUGCCUCCCUUACGCCGACUUCUGGAGGAUCUUCGGCGAAGGAAAGCAUGCCAACUUCCGCGAGCUGCUGAUUGAGAAGCUGUCGCCACACUUGUCGAGCCGCGCGUUCCAGUACUGGCUCGACAAUGUAUCUAUUUUCUCGCCCAGGGGUCGCGGAUUAUAUGAGACAGGUGGAAGCCGAUACGCCGUGAAGCUAUUCCGUUACAUGUCGAAUGUGUUCGGUCUCUCCAACGAGGUACGAAAGGUACUCCGCGCAAAGACUUUGAUUGAGCAACGAGAGAUCUACCGCUCCUCAAUCCGACCAGUAAUCCUCUCGCGCAUCCUCUCAAGCGUCUUAAUCUCACAGCCGCGCUUUUUGUGGGCCGCACUCGGUGUGCCAAAGAACCAGCUUGCCGUUAUUGAGAGCGACUAUCCUUCCAUAUCUCAGGGCACCGAUUCUUCUGAUGGAAAAAUCCUGGAUAAGAGGGUGAGGGAGCAGAACAGAGGUAAGGCAGUUUGGCAGUACAUGGUGGACACGCUUGACCCAGUUGUUGAGCACACUCUCAUCGGGCAGGACAACCAUUACUACCAGGUCUGUAUGGCGGGUACAUACACGCCACAGUGUCACCCAGAGUAUCUGGACGAGAGGGCGCACAAGAAGCUAUCUCGCAAAGAUGCAUUCGAGGGCCUACGCAUUCACACUGAUGAGAUCGAAGAGGUCGUAAACAGGAUACGACCUGGCACAUUGACUGUGGCCGUUGUGAUGGACAGCAUGGAUUGGUUUGACCCAGGGAGUCAGGCGGCGGCAACGCAGAUUUCGAAGUUAAACAAUGCCCUCAAGCUCGGUGGUAGGGUUAUGCUGAGGAGUGCUGGCAAGAAGCCGUGGUAUAUCGACGAAUUUGAGAAGUGGGGAUUUGUGGCUAAGAGGGAGGGUGUAAGAGAGAAUGGCGGUUGUAUUGAUCGGUAUGUUAACCUUUUUAUCCCCUGGAAGGAAAUGGCUAACUCCUAAACAGCGUCAAUAUGUAUGCAUCAUGCUGGAUUCUCACCAAGACCAAGGGUGUUCCUGUGGAGGCGGUGACAAGGGAUACCGCGAGCCCAGAGGCAUUGGAGAUUUAAUGAGCUACGGUGCUGGCCCUUGCCAUCUAUCUUUCACCACAUAUGGCCUUGAAGAUGCCUCGGACGGGCGCAGGGACGGACGGGAUAUGAACAGACUGCCUGUUAUACAAUUUGUGACACCGGCUGGUGAAGUUACUAAGCUUGUUAAGUAGUAGCUGUCAACCAUCGAUCUUAAUUAAGACGAUAAUUAGGCCUAGCAUCCGACGAAUCCGACGAUGCAUUGUUGGAUAAGGUCGUUCUUGGUGUCCUCUUCCAGGCCACGUGGUCUGCAGUUGUUUUGCAUUUGAUUGAUCCGAAUUAUUUAAAAUGGCCCAUAUAUAUGGCUUUUUCGCCAGUCUAUUGCAGCCGCUUGCAUUGUUGAGGCGUCUAUAUCAAUCUAAGUGCUCGGUUCGGUGUUGUGCCUAUAUCCCCACAUUAGCCCCGCACGCUGGACAGCUGGUGGAGACCUUGUUAUUGAAACUGCACUUGACUUUUUGUUUCUGGCGGGUAAAUAAAGAAAGCUUCCAUUCCGGGGGAAAGGAAAGGCUCCAGAGGUCAUCAAGACAAGAAAAGCUUGGUAGAAAAUACCACCUCAUGAUGGGUGGGCCGUCUC